AUUUGCAUCGUCCUUGAUGUCGCCAAUUUCUUCUGGUUCUGAUCCCUGAGUUUCAUCUUAACUGUCGCUUGCUUCGCUUGCUGCACUCGCUGCCCUCGCUGCACUCCCUCCUCUUUCCCCACUUUCCCCAACCCAACACUUCCGGUCGCCGAACAUGGACGUUGUGGCCGCGGUCUCGGGAUACAUCUCCAAGAUGGUCACCGCAGGCGACUCAUCGGCUUCGGGCCCUUCGUCCUCGGCCAAGAUGAAGAUCUUGCUCCUUGACAGUGAGACAGUGGGACUUGCGCGGAUCGUGUCGAAUAGACACCGUAUGUGCUAACGGCUCUGGAAUAGGUCCCCAUUGUCUCCACCGCCAUUACUCAAUCCGCACUGUUGAACCAUGAAGUCUAUCUGAUUGAUCGGCUCGAUAAUGCUUCUCGCGAACGAAUGCGACAUUUGCGAUGCCUGUGCUUCGUACGACCAUCCCCCACCUCGAUCCAAUUCCUGAUCGACGAGCUCCGCGAACCGAAGUACGGGGAAUACUAUAUCUACCUCAGCAAUAUCAUCCGCAAAUCGUCACUCGAGAGGCUUGCCGAAGCUGACUCUCACGAAGUCGUUCGCCUGGUCCAGGAGCACUUCGCAGAUUUCCUCGUGAUCAACCCGGAUCUGUGCUCCUUGAACCUUGGAUACCCUCAGCAGCGGUUGUGGAGCCAGUCGCCAGAUUUGUGGAACCCCGAUGCCCUACAGAGAGCUACCGAAGGCGUCAUUGCGAUCUUAUUGUCCUUGAAAAAGAACCCGUUGAUUCGUUACGAAAAGAACAGCUUGUUGGCCAAGAAGCUGGCCACCGAGGUCCGCUACCAGCUGACCCAAGAGGAACAGCUAUUUGAUUUUCGCAAGACGGAUACGCCGCCGAUACUAUUGAUCUUGGACCGUCGAGAUGAUCCCAUCACGCCGCUACUCACACAAUGGACUUACCAGGCCAUGGUGCAUGAAUUGAUGGGCAUCCACAAUGGUCGAGUGGAUCUGAGAGACGUGCCCGAGAUCCGGCCGGAGCUGCGGGAAAUCGUUCUUUCUCAAGACCAAGAUCCCUUCUUUAAGAAGAAUAUGUAUCAAAACUUCGGCGAUCUAGGCCAGAACAUCAAAGAAUACGUCGAGCAAUAUCAAGCAAAGACUCACAGCACUAUGAACAUCGACUCGAUUGCAGACAUGAAACGCUUUGUUGAAGACUAUCCCGAAUUUCGCAAGCUUUCCGGGAAUGUUAGCAAGCAUGUUACCUUGGUUGGCGAGCUGAGUAGACGCGUGGGGGAAGAGGAUCUUCUUGACGUGAGUGAGUUGGAACAGAGUUUGGCUUGUAAUGACAACCACGCGAAUGACCUCAAGAAUCUCCAAAGGGUAAUACAAUUACCAAAGGUGUCAGCUGAGAGCAAGUUACGGCUAGUGGCAUUGUAUGCCAUUCGGUACGAAAGGCAGCCCAACAAUGCUCUUCCGAUUCUCCUUGACCUGCUGGUCACUGCGGGCGAUGUUCCAUCGUACAAAGUCAACAUCAUCCCUAAAUUACUCGCUUAUCACCAUUCCUUGCAGGCGCCCCCGGUCGCUGGUGGCUUCUCAGACUUGUUCGAGUCCACCUCCUUGUUCUCUGGUGCGCGAGAUCGCUUCAAGGGACUCAAAGGCGUAGAGAACGUCUACACGCAACAUUCUCCGCGCUUAGAAGCCACGCUUCAGAACCUGAUCAAAGGUCGAUUGAGGGAACUCCAGUACCCGUUUCUCGAGGGCGGGGGCCAUACCCGAGACAAGCCUCAGGACAUAAUCAUCUUCAUGGUUGGUGGCGCAACCUACGAAGAAGCCAAAAUGGUCGCCCAAGUCAACGCUAGCUCGCCUGGCGUGCGGGUAGUGCUAGGUGGCACAGCCAUUCACAACAGCACAAGCUUCCUGGAAGAAGUUGAUGAUGCUGUGAGCGGUUGGCCCGAGCCCGGGCCCUCGACUGCCGCUGGACGGUUGCAGAGGGCUAUCGGGCAUUAGUUAUAUCCAUGGGGGCUCCAUUAUUAAUAUAUCCAUUGUUUAUUCU